CAAACAAACAAAGUUAUCUUAAGUUGUUAACAAAUAAAAUGCAGUGCCCUGUGCCCAAAUAUUUAUAAUUUUAUACCUGAUUCCUGAACCUCAGAACCUGAUACGGUGAGGUGAGCAGUUGAGACUUGAGAGAGGCGGAGAGCAGAGAAUCAGAGAGAGGCUGAGGCGGUUCAGCUGGAGACUGAACAGUGGAGACUGGAGACUAGAGAGAAAGUGUUUAGGAGCACUUGAAUGGUUGUGGUUUAUUGGAUCCCAAAUAGUUACUAAAAUUUCAAUCUUUAACAGCUCUCUUGUAGGCUUCUCUUGAGGAGGUCAUUGAAAUGUGGGCUGGUUUGGGCUACUAAGGCCGAGCACGUUUUGUUCUUGAGUGUUUUCUCUGUCAUCUGCUGUCUCUAUGGUCUGUUCACCUUAGCCAAGUUACAAGCCAAUGGAUGAGUGGCAUGUGUGCAACAAAUCAAAAUAUUAGGCAUUGGGACAGGCCUAUUUAGUCCUUAAACGAGUAGUAUGCCCCUCUCUUUCUUCCUUGGUUUAAAACUGAAACCAAAGCCACCACUUGUACUCAAACCCUUCACCACAUUCUUCUUCUCUACUAAUACUACUACAACACCCACAAUUCCUCUCAUCACUAACACGCUUCUAAAGCAAUGCAAGACCUUAAUCCAAGCCAAGCUGGUCCAUCAGCAGAUCUUAGUCCAGGGCCUUGUAGACAUGGCUACAUACCUCAUUGGCACCUACAUAGCAUGUGAAGCUCCCAUCCAUGCCAUAAAGGUGCUUGAACACCUUGUUCCAUCGCAGCCUACUGUUUACUGGUGGAAUGCGCUUAUACGACAUGCAGUUCGUCUCGGGUUUCUUGAAGAUGUACUUGGUUUGUAUAGAAAAAUGCAGAGAUUUGGCUGGAAGCCUGACCACUACACUUUCCCUUUUGUUUUCAAAGCUUGUGGUGAUCUUCCUUCGUUCCGACGAGGUGCUUCAGUUCAUGCUGUUGUCUGUGCAAGUGGGUUUGAGUCCAAUGUGUUUGUUUGUAAUGCGAUGGUGGCUAUGUAUGGAAGGUGUGGCAUGUUGGAUGAUGCGCGCCAAGUAUUUGAUGAAUUGUGUGGGAGAGGGAUAGGUGAUGUGGUGUCUUGGAAUUCAAUUGUGGCUACUUACGUGCAAGGUGGUAAUAAGAAAAAUGCACUAAAAAUGUUCACUAGAAUGGCUGAUGAUCAUAGAAUUUGCCCAGAUGUAGUUAGCAUUGUCAAUAUCCUUCCUGCUUGUGCUUCGUUGAGUGCAUGGUUGCAGGGUAAGGAGAUUCAUGGUUUUGCAGUUCGAAAUGGGUUGGUGGAGGAUGUGUUUGUGGGUAAUGCUGUAGUGGACAUGUAUGCCAAGUGUGGGAUGAUGGAUGAAGCAAACAAGGUUUUUGAGCGGAUGAUGGUUAAGGAUGUGGUUUCUUGGAAUGCUAUGGUAACUGGGUACUCUCAGAUUGGUAGAUUUGAAGAUGCUCUUGCUUUGUUUGAGAAGAUGCGUGAGGAGAAGAUCGAGUUGAAUGUUGUGACUUGGAGCGCAGUGAUUGCUGGGUAUGCUCAAAGGGAUCAUGGUUAUGAAGCAUUGGAUGUGUUUCGUCAAAUGAAGGUUUAUGGUUCAGAGCCAAAUGUUGUUACUCUUGUGUCUCUUCUUUCAGGUUGUGCUUCUGUGGGAACAUUGCUUCAUGGAAAAGAGACUCAUUGUUAUGCCAUAAAACGUAUUCUGAAUGUAGAUGGAAAUGAUCCAGGGGAUGAUCUAAUGAUAAUUAAUGGUCUCAUUGACAUGUAUGCUAAGUGCAAAAGUGUCAAGGUAGCACGAAUGAUGUUUGACUCAAUAGCAACAAAAGAGAAAAAUGUGGUAACUUGGACUGUCAUGAUUGGUGGGUAUGCUCAGCAUGGUGAAGCCAAUGAUGCACUAGAGCUUUUCUCAAAGAUGCUUGGACAGGAAAUUUUCAUAAAGCCAAAUGCUUUUACUAUAGCAUGUGCUUUGAUGGCUUGUUCUCGUUUAGCCGCACUAAGGUUAGGUAAACAAAUUCAUUGUUAUGUAUUGCGCAAUCAGUAUGAGUCUAUGGUGGUAUUUGUAGCUAAUUGCCUCAUAGAUAUGUAUUCCAAAUCUGGAGACGUUGAUGCUGCUCAAGUUGUGUUUGAUAACAUGAAGCAAAGGAAUGCUGUUUCUUGGACAUCUCUAAUGACGGGUUAUGGCAUGCAUGGUUGUGGAGAAGAUGCUCUUCGGGUUUUUGAUGAGAUGAGGAGAGCAGGGUGGAUGCCUGAUGGUGUAACCUUUGUUGUUGUUCUUUAUGCUUGUAGCCAUACGGGAAUGGUUGAGCAGGGAAUGAAAUACUUUAAUAGCAUGAGUGACGAAUACGGGGUGGUUCCUGGAGUGGAACACUAUGCUUGCAUGGUUGACCUAUUGGGUCGUGCUGGUCGCUUGGAUGAGGCCCUAAAGCUCAUUGAAGGCAUGCCUAUGGAACCAACACCAAUAGUGUGGGUGGCAUUGCUUAGUGCUUGCAGGCUCCAUCCAAAUAUUGAACUUGGGGAGCAUGCUGCAAACCGGUUGUUAGAAUUGGAGUCUGAGAAUGAUGGGUCAUAUACUUUGCUUUCAAACAUAUAUGCCAAUGCCAGGCGAUGGAAAGAUGUGGCUAGAAUUAGAUCUUUAAUGAGACAUACAAGGAUCAAGAAGAGGCCCGGUUGCAGUUGGGUCGAAGGAAAGAAAGGAACUGCAGCCUUUUUUGUUGGGGACAGGUCACAUCCUCUAUCUCAACAAAUAUACAAGAUCUUGGGAGACCUAAUUCUACGCAUCAAAGCCAUGGGAUAUGUUCCUGAGACAAGUUUUGCUCUUCAUGAUGUGGAUGAUGAGGAGAAGGGUGAUCUUCUUUUUGAACAUAGUGAGAAGUUGGCACUUGCAUAUGGCAUCCUAACAUCACCUGCAGGGGCACCCAUCCGAAUCACCAAGAACUUGCGUGUCUGUGGCGAUUGCCACACUGCCAUUUGCUACAUAUCUAUGAUCAUUGACCAUGAAAUCAUUUUGAGAGACUCAAGUCGUUUUCAUCAUAUAAAGAAAGGAUCAUGCUCAUGCAAAGAUGAUUUUACUGGGACCCAAAGAAAGCAGGUGGCUCUUUGGAUUUCACAAGUGGUUGAGCAUUUGCAUUGUCAGAAACCACUUCACAUAUUUCACUUUAUUCACCCUGCUCUUGUAAUGCUUGAUCAGGGUUCCAAUCCAGUGUUCUUUGACUUUUAUAUGCUAACUGGUGGAGCUCUUGGUGAUAAGCAGCAUGUGUCAAGUUCAGACUUCCUGUUACUCUCUUAUGGUGCCUAUAUUGAUGUAAAUUUUGUAGUGACAGGUGCCAAGCUUUUCACUUGAAAUAAAUGAUGCAUUGUCAUAUCUGGAGUGAGAUGAUUGAAGUUAAAACAUUUUGGCUUUGUGUGAUGCUUAAAUUGUGGUAUGGUAUCGUUAAAAUAUUGUUGUAAAAUGUAUCCCCUCAUUAGGUGUGUUGCCCAGGACUAAGAACCCUAGUUGUGAUGCCCAGCUUUAUUCUAUUUUCUUUCUCCUCUUUACUUCCUAAUUGCUGUUUUACAGUUUCAAGUGGUUUUUAGCAACCCUAAUCAUUCUCUACCAAUUAGAUCUUUCACUUUAACAUCUAAACAUCAAAAGUGAGAUACCAUGAGAAUUUGUACUAUGAAUUUCUCGGUAUUCUAAUUCCUAAUUACUACCAAAAAACUAGUUUUACCUCACUGAACAUUACAUCGUAACCUAAAUCCCUAUAGCAGUAUCAGGUCCUUUUAAAAAUUUUGUUAAGUGUUGACACUAAAAACCCUGAACACUUCUUAGGCUGCGUUUGGCAAUAUGUAAAAU